AUGAAACUAGCAAUUGCUGCAAACAUUGAUAUGAUGGCUAACCCCCACAACGCACAAAGCACCUUGAAGUUUGCACUACACUUGUUAAACGGAAUGCAAUUUGUGAUAGAAAUGAAUAUCCAGAGGUUAUCUGCAAAGAGCAUUUAUAUGAUCACAGUCAAUUCAAAUCCCACCACAAAACCUAGAGAUAGAGAGACUACCUCUCAAGCGUUGUGCAAUACUCCAAAUGCAGUGCGGCGGUGGUUCUAUUGUACCCAAUCGCGCGCCUCGAACACCUCCUCAAGAGAGACUCCCCAUGGCCUUUGCCCUCUCCCUCAGCACAAACUUCUGAACCUUACCCGUGCUCGUUUUCGGCAGUUCCCCGAACACAACCGUCUUUGGCGCCAUAUAAUGCGGCAGUCUUUCCCUACAAAAAUCCAUCAACUCCCGCACGCCCACCUCCGACUCACACCCUUCCCUCACCUUCACGAACGCGCACAAACUCUCUCCCCAAUGCUCGUCCGGUCUCCCCACCACCGCCACCUCAUCCACCGCCGCGUGCCUGUAAAUCACCCUCUCCACCUCCACCGUGCACACAUUCUCCCCUCCCGUGAUCACCACAUCCUUCCACCUGUCCUUCACCUCGAUAUACCCGUCCGCAUGCUUCACCCCCAAAUCCCCACUCCUAAACCACCACCCGUCCGCGAAAGCCUCUCGAGUCGCCUUUUCAUCUUUUAA